AUUUCUUACUUCCCCUUAUACCCUUUUUCUCUUUCAAAAAUUUAUUAAAUGAUUCUUUUUUUCUCAUAGGAUUCUUCAAAGUAAACUCAUCAAAUCUCAAAAAAAAAAAAAAAAAAAUCCUUAUUCCUUACUGCAUUUGAAUUUGUGGAAUUUAUAUUAUCUAACAUGUUCAAUCAGAUUUCUUCACCUUCUUCUCAAAGGACUAAUUCACCAAAUAUGAACAUGAGAAGCAAUUUUGAUGCUGAAAGUCAGUAUUUAAUGGAGCUUCUAGCAGAACAUCAUAAACUAGGACCUUUCAUGCAAGUGUUACCAUUGUGUAGUAGACUACUCAAUCAAGAGAUUUUGAGGGUUUCUGGAAAGAAUGGAUUGUUACAGAAUCAUCAAGGGUUUAAUGAAUUUGAUAGAAUGCAAUUCAUGAACCAAAGUCAUAUGGUUUCUUCAGAUUUGAAUCCAAAUUUCACUGGCUGCAAUAGCUUGUCACAUGAAAUGUUAGCUGAAGUGAAGGGACUAAACAUGGAUUGGCAAACAUCACCAGUUGUUCCAAGUUCUCACAUUGUGAAGAAGAUAUUGCGCUUGGAUAUUCCUAAGGAUGGCUAUCCAAAUUUUAAUUUUAUUGGAAGGCUUCUUGGCCCUAGGGGCAAUUCACUGAGGCGAGUCGAGGCUACCACAGGUUGCCGCGUAUUUAUUAGAGGGAAAGGUUCAAUUAAAGACUUAGACAAGGAAGAGUUGUUAAGGGGAAGGCCAGGCUAUGAACACCUGAAUGAUGCACUUCACAUCUUAAUUGAAGCUGAAUUACCUGCUAAUAUUGUUGAUAUAAGGUUGAGGCAAGCACAAGAAAUCAUCGAAGAACUGCUUAAGCCUGUGGAAGAGUCACAGGACCUUUACAAGAGGCAACAACUAAGAGAACUUGCUAUGCUCAAUUCCAAUUUUAGAGAAGAGAGCCCUCAACUGAGUGGUAGUGUCUCUCCAUUCACUUACAAUGAAAUAAAAAGGCCAAAAACUGAGGAAUAAUAGUUACUUAUUAUAUGCUGAUCAUUGUUACAUUUGAUGUUGCUUCCUUUAACUAGAUUUUGUGAAGUUAUAAUGAGAACACCUUGUUUAUAUGAUGCUGAUUUUGAGAAGGAAAAAUAAAUAAGCAGAAACAUAUUCAUUGUUAGUCUUUUGCAUUAGUAGACUUUCAAAACUAGCAAAGUUCUUGUUGAACUAUAUUUUGACAUGUUUAUCAAUCUAUGUGUAAUGUGUGUAAAUAUGAUAUUCCUUGGUUUAUAUGCUUCUUAUUCAUUCAUAUCAUUGGAAAA